AGCCGUUGUUCUCUCUCCAAACACCGCACCCUUUAUAAGUUAUUGUAUCACUUAUACUGACCUCUAUGCUUUUCCAUCGACAAGUCGUUCGCGUUUAAUUUCACGUGCCUCAAUUUGCCGUAUGCGGCACACUUCCAAUUUGGCCAAUAUUUACCUUUUCACAGCUCCGCUUUCCGCACAGAUUCGUCCACACACCCAAUACAACGGCUAGCCAGCCGUUGCCGGUUUGUAAUACAAUACGCCUGGCAAGUGGCACGCUGCAAUGGCGAAGACGUACGAAAACAAAACUAGAAAUACCAGACUAAUUAGAUUAAAUGCUAUUUUUCAUGUCAAGUUCUACAAAACGGUAAAUAUUUGAAUGCAUUGUAUGCAGAAUGCAAAGCGAAUUCAUUUCAGUACGAGAUGGACUUCACUUAGAGACGCGCGCGUUCAAGCCUUACACAAACUCUGCGCUGCUCAGACUAAUUAUUAAUAAGCUCAAGUUAGUUGUUAUAUAAGCGGCCAAUUAUAACGGAAAUACUCGAAAUUAUAAUGAGCAGCAACGAAUAUUACUUCGAUGUGCAACGGAAAUCCUACGAAUACGAGCAGACCUAUGAAAACGACGCGAAAUUAAGUCCGGACACUUACGAAAGCGCGAGUGAAAAUCUGCUCACCGAUUAUGAAGUUGUGAGCAACGAGGAGGCGGACGAGGACGACACCGUUGAGGUCGCCUAUCGAAAGUUGCGACGCGAAAAGACGGAAAGUGCCGUCUCCACGAAAAACUCCCCGCGUCACGCGGUUGGCGAACGCGUUGAACACGGUAAAUUACAUUUGAGUUUGAGCGCAGAGAAAAUAUCGUUGAAAUCACAGUCGGAAAAAAUCGAUAAAUCGAACGCGCCACUGGAAACGGAAAUUGCGCAACAACAAAGAGAAAGCCCCGCGUGUCGCGAGCGUUGUGGACGUGCGGCGAAAUCGACAAGCGCGAGUAGCUUUUGUCCGCGUCAUCGACGCCAACAACAACCACAACAGCAACAGUUGGAGAAGUGUAAACCAAAACAAUAUGCGCCGAUCAGUUUCACCAUAGUGCCGAUUAAUGUGGCGACGCAGCGGCGAGUUAACGAGCGUAAACAAUACGAGAAUGGGCGUGAUUUGCCGGAAAUUGUGCUGACAUCCUUCGAGCAACAGCAACAACAACAACCGAAGCAACAAAGUGUGAAAGCGCCGCCGGGUUUUGACACGGACGUCGCGCCGAAACGUGGCUCAACAGCGAAAGGCGGUAGUACUGAGUAUUUACAACAAAAACAACAGAAACAACAACAACAAUACCAGCAAUCCCAACAAUAUCGCAGUGUAAUGCUAUCAAAGGUACCGCCUCCAUCUCUACCGCCACCACCAGCUUCGCCAGCACCUUCCCCAAUAACAACAGCAGCAAGCGCAAAAAUGAAGAAAGUCACCAGGUUUUCACGCGCGCCCGAAUUCACCAACAAUCACUUUGAGCUACCAUCAGCUACAACAAAGACAACCCCAACUCCCAUCCCCACCGACACUGGCACCGGCGUCGCUGUUGUUUCCGCUGCUAUGGCAGCAAAGAAAUUACCGGAUGCCGAGGAUACGAGCAUAAGCGAGAUUAAUUCGCAGCCCGGCAGCUCGACUUCACCGGAAUCCCUAAUGGAUAAUGUGCUAAGCGCUGCGUCAUCCGUCUCCGUACGCAGCAGCAGUUUGAGCAGCGCUGGCGGCGGCAGCGUCAGUGGCAGUGGUGGCAGUGAAAUUCUAAAAAUUCUCAAUGUCACACAGAGUGAAAGCUUAACGCGUAAUGUGCCACAUGUUGCUAUGGUAACCACGCUGGCAAAAGAACAACAACAACAAUCACAACAACACGUAUUCGCAGAGACUAAGGAAUUGUACGAUAAUCGCUCAUUGAACUUAAAAUCGCCCGUUACAAGAGGCUUGUCACCGUUAAUGACAACAACAACAGUAGGUGGAAAACAAGCCACAACAACAACGCUUACACCAAUCGCAACAACACCGUUACAACUGUUGUCGCCGGCGCGCACCCUAUCGCCACCCUCUCCCUCCACCGUGUUGGCUUUGGGUGGCGCGUCGUCAUCGUCAUCGCGUUUGGGUGAGCCGCGUGCGCUACAACCAGCCGAACUAAUCGAAGCGUCAGCAAAUCGUUCAAGAAGUCCAUCACCGAGUUCCAGCAUUUUGAUUCGCGUCACCCCGGAUGCUUCGUUAUUUCCCGACGAUUUGAAGUGUCGCAUCUGCAACGAGAUAUUUCGUGAUCCACGCACUUUAAAUUGUUUACAUUCCUUUUGCUUCCAAUGUUUGGUUGAUGAGAAUUUCAAACAAGACUCCAGCAUACCAUUUUGGUCGCAACCUGGCGCCGAGGAUCACGAUUGGAAGGCCACCAACAAGUCCAACUACAGUGCGCAAUCCUCUUCACCGGAGAUGUCCGUGCGUAGCGGUUCCACCUCACCUUCGCGACAACGGCAGUCGUCAUUCAGUUUCAAGCGUAAAAAGUCACUCGAACGGAUCUUGCUGAAAGUAAGGUCCAAAUCAGAUGGCAAGAGCUCGGAAAGCUCUACGUCGCUGCGCCUGAGUGCCGCACCCGAAGAACGUCUACGCUACAUCAGCUGUAAGAUUUGCAAAUAUGCAACCGUAAUACCGUUAGGUGGCAUACGGCAAUUACCACAGAAUUUUCUACUCGUACGCAAGAUCGAGUCCAUACAACAGGAGCUGGGCGAUGAGGUGAUAACGAAGGUUUGGUGCAGUCUCUGCUUCGAGGAGACCAAUGCGACCUACCAUUGUGUUAGCUGUACGCUGAAUCUCUGCUCGCUCUGCCGGGACUCACACGAACGACAACGCAACACAGCCAACCAUAGCAUACGCAAUAUAAUGGAGUUAAGACGCGCGCGUAAAAAGCAACAAACACUCCUCGAUGAUAAGACAAAAUUCACGCUGAAAUGUGGCAUGCAUCCCGGUUUCGAAAUGAAGGCGUUCUGCAACAGCUGUUUGCAGAUCGCUUGCGCCGAUUGCCUGGUGCUACUCCACAAGGGUCACAAACAUGAGCCGAUACCUAAAGCCUUUAUAAAUUACUCCAAAUUGUUACACGACGCUGUGGACCAUACGCGCCCGCUCUGCAGCUAUGCCGAGCAUUCCAUCGAGCGUAUGAGCGACAUUGCGAAGCAUAUAAAUAAGAAAUGUGAUGACAUACAAACGCAGAUAGAGGUUUUCAUGCGGCAAUAUCUCGAAGCGAUCGAGGUGCAUCGCAAAACGUUGUUGCAACAGGUGCAUCGCGCACGCGAGACCAAAGUGGAGAUGAUACUCGAGCAGCAAUUGGAUUUGGAAAAACGAAAUAACGAGUCCAAGGAGGCAUUGCUCUUCGCUCAGGAACUCACCGAAUGCGGUUCCAAUGUUGAAGUGCUCUCAUUUCUUAAUAUUUUGCUUAAGCGUUUCGAAUACUGUCAGCAAUUUAAAAUGCCCGCAGAACCAAAGUUUACGGAUACUCUACACUUUCUACCACAUAUACGCGCACCACCGAUGAAGGCGCAAAACGAUAUACCACUCUUCGGCAUCAUUACGAUGCAAACUGUUGAGCCUGCUCUCUGCACGCUGCAGUGGGAGGGCUUUACCCAAUUACGUCUACAUAAGCGUGUUGAGCUACUGUUGCAAUCCCGUGACUCGGAUGGUGCGGGUUUAUGUCAUGGUGGUUUACAAAUACAGUCUUUACUUAAGUACAAAGAAUCGAGUUCAAAAUAUUUACCAGUAGAGAUCGCCGACAAUCGUGACGGCACUUAUGGUAUCGGCUUUACACCCGACGCGGAAGGGGCACUAGUGCUGAUUAUAACCAUUAAUGAUAAGCCCAUCAAGGGCAGUCCCUUCACAUUCCUCGCACGCAAUGUACGCCCGCACAGCGGCGUCUAUCAUUGCUGCACCUUCUGCUCCAGUAAGGGUAAUAAGUUGGUGAAAUGUUCCUGUGAAGGUCGUAUGCCUGGUUAUAAUGGUUGUGGUCAUGGACAUGCCGGCCAUCCGGGCAGUCGUCAUUGGUCGUGUUGUGGUAAUGUCUUAGAGAGUUCCGAAUGUAAUAUGGCAAAUAAGUUGUUGAACUCAUGCAAUUGAUUUUAAUUAAUAAGCAAGUACCCUAAAUACAUAUUUAAAAGCGGCAAAGGUAUAGAUAUUCAAGAAAUGGACCAGGAACAAAGUGAGUAGUCCAUUUUUUUAAAUUAUUUUAUGCGUUUCGGUCAUCGGGCAAGUACUCUAUAAGUAUGGAUUACAAACGAAAGUAUACAUAACUUACUUCCGAUUGCUAUCAGAACCAAUUUUCUAUAUCCGAUCGGUAUUCUUAAAACGCGAAACGAUUCUUUGUAUCUCAAAGUCAAACGCGAUACCAUAGCAAUUGAAACAAGGUCUAUGCAAUGGCCUUAAGUAUGAUUUCUUACAAAAAGUCGAGCAACGAAUGAUAACCAAGGCAUUGCCGCACUAGUGAAGCUCCUCAGGGACCUAAAUCGUAUUAUUUAUGAGAUCGCUUAUGUUGUUGUUGUAGUAGAAGAAAACAUUCCCCAAAUAUUUUUGAAGAAUACAGUCUAGUGAACUGUUUUUGAUCGAUAAUAAAUCCCAGCCCAUUCUGAAUUAGUCGGCUCGUGGGAAUCAUGCGAGAUCGAUUCUCAGGAUCUUUCUCUGAUCUCGGGAAGGGUUUCCAAGAGUUGAAAAGGACCUAGAUACCUCUUGCUACUAUCUUUCAUCUUUCUCCUAAUUAUAAGAAUUGAGUAUUCAACUGGCGGAGCACGAGAAUUAGAUGGCACUUAAAUCUUUUAGGCUAUAAUCAUGACGUAUCCACCGACUGUAUUCAAAAGAACUCUAGAAUUCUGCAGACAAGGCAAUAAAUCCCAGAUAAUAAAUCCCAGCCCAUUCUGAAUUAGUCGGCUCGUGGGAAUCAUGCGAGAUCGAUUCUCAGGAUUUUUCUCUGAUCUCGGGAAGGGUUUCCAAGAGUUGAAAAGGACCUAGAUACCUCUUGCUACGAUCUUACUAUACAUCAUUUGACAAAUCAGUUUUCACCUACUUAUAAGAAUUGAGUCUUCUACUGGCAGAGCACGUGAGUAAGAUGGCACUUAAAUCUUUUAGGUUAUAAUCAUGACGUAUCCGUAGAAUUCUUCAGACAAGGCUUAUAUUUGUGUCUGGAACUAUCUAUAUUGCGAUGAUUCUACGUUAUAUAUAUUUACCUAAGUUAUAUAUUACAGAUUAGAAUAAUUCAUUACUCUAUAACGAAAUAUGAAUAAACAAAGGAGGCUUAUCUUUACUACCAAGUAAUGGGUCUUUAGGGUUUUUAUGAUUCAACCUAUAACAAUUUAUUAUUUUCUUAUCUCCACUGAAUUCAAAGAUACUCAGAGCGAAAACUCUUUGUCUAAAAUAGCGCUAAAAUGAGCAUGUGAGCAUACUAUUUUUGCGCUCCGCCUCUCAUAGCGUUGGUUGGCGACGCAUCGAACAUCAAAGAUAUCAUAAAAAUGAGCGAGUUUUGAAAUGCAACUGCGUUAUUCGAAACAACUAUGCGCUCAGUGCUCAAAAUAUUUAAUUUAACCAACAAAACUACACAAAUACUAAGCGCGUGUAUGUAUGUUCGUGUAUAUUGUUUAUAUACAAAACGAACUAGGUAGGUACCACACGCUUAGUUGAGUACAAGCAACGGAAGUCAACGGUUGUGUGUUGAACGCGUAAAAAUUGUGAAUUCUCGUGCCUACCUUCGACUACUCGAGUGUUUACGAACGAUAACAAAGCAGUGCUGUGUGCUGAAUUAUUACAUACAAUUAUUGAUUUGUAACUAGAAAGUCACAAAU